GGAAAGUAGGGCCCGGUUGGGUUCGGAAGUGCCUGUUGGGGAUCACGAGCCUUCGUUUAAGGAAAAGAGUGUACAUCCGCAGUCUCUCCCAAAUCAGGUUGAAGGUUUUUUGAACGAGCUUGAUGUUCUGCAGGGGGCUGGUGAUGGGCCACAACAACUAAAGACGGUGGCUGAAAAUGCUCACAGCACUUAUGGAAGUCAGCCGAUGUUGGGCUCAGAAGCAGUUCAAAACGGCCACUGGAUUAAAAGGGCUCCGAGCUGGAACACUGAUCUGGAUGCCUUGAUGCUGGAUGACGUGGUGUUGGAAAGAGCCUAUGUUGUAAGGGUGGCUGAUCAAGAUGGUUGGGACAUUGUGUCAAAAAUAGUUGCUGAGGAUGCUUUGGAUCCAAUGGCAGAAUUGAUGGGAGGAAAGCAUGAGAGGUCUAGAUUGGCGGCGCAACAUUUUUCAAAGCCCAAAAAACCGAGAUCAGCUUAUCAACCUUGUCCAGAACGGGCUUAA